CUACAUACUUUCCUUGGCUCUGGCUGAUCUGCUGGUUAUCUUGACGACAGUUCCAUUGGUUUCCACGGUCUACACCUUCGAGUAUUGGCCCUGGGGCAGUUUUCUAUGCAGCUUGUCGGAGUUCAUGAAAGACGUCUCCAUAGGAGUUUCGGUCUUCACGCUGACGGCGCUCUCAAGUGAUCGAUAUUUCGCUAUAGUCGAUCCGCUGCGCAAGUUUCAUGCUCAUGGAGGAGGACGACGCGCUACGCGCAUGACCCUGGCCAUAGCUGUAUCCAUUUGGCUGCUGGCCAUCGUCUGCGGCAUACCUGCGCUAAUUGGCAGCAACUUAAAGCCCGUUGGCAUCAGCCCGGAGAAAUCGAUUCUCAUCUGUUAUCCGUAUCCGGAUGCUUGGGGCGAGAACUACGCCAAGCUGAUGGUCAUGCUGCACUUUCUGGUCUACUACGCUAUACCUCUGGUCAUUAUUGCCGCCUUCUACGUCAUGAUUGCGCUGCAUCUGAUGUACUCGGCGAGUGUGCCAGGUGAAAUGCAGGGCGCCGUGCGACAGGUACGGGCGCGUCGCAAAGUCGCCGUGACGGUGUUGGCAUUUGUUGUUAUCUUUGGCAUUUGCUUUCUGCCUUAUCACGUCUUCUUUUUAUGGUUCUACUAUUGGCCGACAGCACAACAGGAUUAUAAUACGUUCUGGCAUGUAUUGCGCAUCUUUGGCUUUUGCAUGUCGUUCGCCAACAGCUGUGCCAAUCCGGUGGCUCUCUACUUUGUGAGCGGGGCGUUUCGCAAGCAUUUCAAUAGAUAUCUGUUUUGUCGUGGCAUAAGUGGACGUCGCAAGAAGCGUAAUCAGCACAACGACACCUUUUGCAUGCAUCGCAAUACCUCGCUGACCAGCACCGCCUCGAAGCGUUAUCAGUCGCGUCACUCCUGCUAUCAGAGCACAACGUUGCGCAGCUGUCGCUUGCAGGAGACGACGAUUACGACACUGCCCAAUGGAGCCUCCAAUAUGGCCGCGCCCCCAAUUGAGACAGCCGGCUACGAGUUUACGCCCCUCAGCGCAUUCGGUCCAGCCAAGGGCGUCGCGCAGCUGUCGCACCGGCUGCAGGAGUCGCCAUUAAACUAAGUUCAGUUCGACGUCCCCACGGAGUAUACAGGAAAUAUUAUGGAGUAGCAGCAGAAACUACAAACUUUACAGAAAUCAACUCCAGGUUAGGA